AUGAAAGUACAUUCGUGCGAGGAAGCAGAUUUGAGUGGUACAAGACAUGCAGAGUUUAUUGCUCUCGAGCGGAUGCUCAGGAAUUAUCCCAAGUCCUUACUUCGUUCAACAAAACUCUAUGUCACGGUCGAACCAUGCGUUAUGUGUGCUUCUGCUUUGAGACAGUACCGAAUACAGGCUGUGUAUUUUGGCUGCAGUAAUGAACGUUUUGGAGGCACGGGAAGCAUUCUCUCACUACACACCGAUUUCUCAAUAGACCCACCUUACCCAGUCUAUGGUGGGUUGUUCAGUAAAGAAGCCGUAAUGCUACUUCGAAGGUUUUAUAUUCAAGAGAACGAGAAAGGCAAAACUCGAGCAUUUAUUGACUAUAUGGUAGCACCCAAGCCUCGCCCCAAGAAAAACAGAGAGCUAAAUACAAGAUUUGAGGAUGACGCCUGA